CAACAGCCAUAAUGGAGGUUAGGGCUAUUCGGUGAACAAAGAGCAACUGUAUAUCGGAUUCCAUAUUUAGCAUCAAAGGUUCAUUCAUCAGGAUGAACCCAAGCAUACAAAGGAUCGGUGUAUUAUAUUUAGUUCUCCAUACGUUGAGGCAUUACCCAGGAAACGGAGAGACUGCCAUUGAAGAAAGUAAGAUGUUCCAAGUUGUAGCCGGGUCUUGUACUACAUCGUUCAUACUAUCCAUACUAUUAUACAUCCAGCUCGGUCUAUGUACAUCACAAGCAACGCUAGCACUGCAGAAAUGAACUUAUGCCGGGUAUAGCGCCUCGCUUAACGCCAA